CUGAGAAACCUUUCGGACGAGUUGUUUUAGUUCGAGCUUGGUUUCCGUUCGAGAGGUUAUCACCGAACUUUACGACGGGCAAAAACUAGAGGAAACACUAGCAACCUUUUAUUAUUAUUUUGAACUUCCAAGCAAAAAGUUGUUCCAGCAUGGACUCCGGCUCCGGCAUGUCUCCCAGCGCUCCUCAGAUGGGAGGAUGGUCCUCUGAUGAGAAGUCGCGGAUGAACCCGUCGGACCCUCCGCCGUACCAGGACACACCGUACACCGGCUACCAGAACCCUCCACAGGGACCUGGAUUCCAACCACAGUAUGGAGGUGGCCCCUAUGGACAACAGACAUACCCCGUGGGUCCUGAACAGCAGUACCCGCAACAACCUGGUGUGAUUGGUGUCCAGCCUGUUGUGUACGUGACCCAAAGACCACUGGGUGAACCGGUCAACGACUACCUGGGCUACUCCAUCUUCACCAUGCUGUGCUGCUGCCUGCCACUGGGAAUUGCUGCCCUUAUCUACUCCAUUUCAACCCGGGAUGCCAACAGUGUAGGUGACCAGGAAAAGGCGGAGAGAUGCAGCAAGACAGCAAAGACACUAAACAAUGUGGCGCUGGGAAUCGGCAUCGGAGUGCUGGUCCUUUACAUUAUUAUGGCUAUAGUUAUGACAUCUAUGCAUUAACUGCUUGAAAACAUUUCUCAUUGUCCAAAAGCUUCUUAGGAAUUAAUUUUGGGGAAUAAACCCAUAUCAAGAACUAAAAUGCAUCAAAAAUCAUUUUUUGUGGACUUUUGUUCUCCGUAAAACACCCAGUUGGCCGCUGCAAACUGAUGUUUCGUCAGUCACCGCAAGAAGUUAAGUGUGUGGUUCUGCACUCGUAACUAUGUUAAAACGCACCAUGGCACAACAAACUGUAUGAACCCAAAUUCUAAUCAUGUGAUCCUGUGGGACUGUUUUUAAAUUGAGGUUUAUGAGGGGUUUCCUUACCAAUGAAAAAUUUAUGAAAAUGUUGGAAAGUGCCCCAUUUUGUAGUGGUGAUUUUGGUGACGGGGGGGGGGGGGGGGGGGUAUCCUGGGCGUACAGCCACACCCAUAUUUAAUGGAUUCCUUUUUGACCCAUGUCCCCGCCCCCCAACUGCAUUUCUAGUCUUGGUCACUAACCAGUAGACAUUGACUAUAACAGCAGAACUCCUCCAGUUUUGCACCAGGCUGUAUUUAAUUUGGAUGUUAAACGCCACAAAAAUUUCAAUGUCUAAACUAUCCCACAUUUUGUGAUUGUGUACGAUUGACGCAUUUCAUCGAGGUCAGAAAAGCAGAACAACAGAUUCAACAGGUUCUUCCUCUUGUGGUUAUCAGACUGAUUGUGAAAAGAAGCUACCACUGAAAUUGAUACCCUCCCUAUCUGAGGUAAAUGUUUAAAAAUGUCAUCCGAUUUUUGAUGAAACAAUUACCAAGAGUAGCCAGUGUACUCUUUGCUUAGCAAUUCAUUGGAUAACUAUUAACAGAUGAACUUUGCUUAUCUUUACAUUCUGGGUCAGGGCUUAAAGAAAAGGGUCAGUAAAAAUAAAUACAAUAAAGAUGAAGGCUGUUACUUUAAAAGGCCAGAAACAGGACCACAACUACUAACAUCAAAGAUAAUCUGUUAAGUAAGACAUUAACGGUAUAUAUACUGUGGCUGAUGAGGUGAUUGAUGGCAGAUGUGUUGCUAGGUGACUCUGGUAGGUGGGUCUAGAUCCUCAGAGAGCCAUCUGUGAGGCAGUAACAAAACUUUCAUCUCAAUAAUGACAGAGUUUAGAUUUUAAAAUAAAAUGGUAAAAUAAGAAGUAAUUAAUUGUGUGGUUUAUUUUACUUUGAAGUCACUUCAGUCUGAGUGUAUAAUGUGCUGGUUCAGUCGCUACAUUUUCCAAUAGACCUGGAGCAAAUUGAACUUGUAUUAUAGAGCAUCACUUCCAGAAGUGCACAAAGCUGUCGCUGCUGCUACACAGAUCCGGAAGAAUUGUUUAAAUUUCCAAAUUGUUUUUAUGCAUUUUGGAGAAAUUAAAUCUGAACUUUUAAUAUGACACAGAACAUGUGAAAGUUGUUUACCUGGUUGCGAAGCGGAUGAGAUACAUAUUGAUUUUGAGUUUCUUCUGAAUCCAGAAGCAGAAGUUCUCCUAGAAGUGGCAUUCUGUUUCAAUCGCUUAAAAAUAGUCCACCUUUGCUCACUGUGCAGAACAGCGAUUUCACAAAGCUGCAGUAUAUAAUCUGUCACAAUUUGUGUGGUUCAAAAUGUCUGUGUUUUCUUUUCUUGGGCAAAACUAUAAUCAGAUUAUAUUUUGUACAUGAUGUCUUUAAAAAUAAAGUUUAAAGCAUGCUGAGUGGGAAAU